UUCGGUUCAUGAAAAUGAUGAUUGGUGCGUUCACGGUCCUUCGUGAAAGGUGCUGCCUCACUUGUUACGCUUAAGCGCCUCAGCCCUUCUGAUCCUGAACCGAGACGAACAUCAACAGCAAGAAAUAUAAAUAUGAUAAAAUUUUGAGAGUAAAGGCUGUUGAACUCGGAAACGUCAACAAUCCAGUUACUUACAUGUGAAAAAUCAAUACACCAAACAAUAGAUUAAAUAAAUAAAAUCAUCUAAAGAGAAUAUUAUUGUGUGUUUGUUAUUAAAAUCAAAUCUACGUUCAGCAUUCUGGUAGAUAUAAUAAUAUCUGUGGAUGAAGAACCAACCAGACUGGAGCUGCCGUGACGAACAUAAACAUGUCUGUGACACUUAGUAGCCAUUUAACCUUUAAUGGCAGCUUAUUUUAUUAGUUUAUUGAGCAGAUGAGGUCAGAGUCCAGCCUGUUUGUAGUUCUUAAACAAUAUUAGAACAAAACAACGAAAAACAUCCGUUUUUAUACGCAGAACUUUAGAACGAAGACCACCCAGUUUUUUUUAAUGCAAAUGUAAAAAAAAAAAAUGCAAGGACGUCUUCCGCCACGUCACAUCCGCCUAAACAAAGAUGGCGGCCCUCGUUUUGUACAUGUGUUUCUGAAACCCUGUAAAACGUUUCUGUCAUAUUUUAUCAGUUUAUCUUUAAGGAAAAUUCAUCAAACGUUUCCUUUCUCUGAGGGAAAACGUGACAGGAAGCGGAAAUGCAGCACGACGACGUCAUCUGGGACAUCAUUGGAAACAAGCAGUUCUGCUCCUUCAAAGUCAAGACCAAGAGCCAGAACUUCUGCAGGAAUGAGUUCAACAUCACGGGGUUGUGUAACCGCUCGUCCUGCCCCCUCUCCAACAGUCAAUAUGCCACCAUCAGGGAGGAGAAAGGUCAGUGCUUCCUCUACAUGAAGGUGAUCGAGCGAGCGGCUUUUCCCGCCAGGAUGUGGGAGAAGGUGAAGCUCAGUAAGAACUACGAAAAGGCUCUGGAACAGAUCGACCAGAACCUGAUUUACUGGCCUCGGUUCAUUCGACACAAAUGCAAGCAACGUUUCACCAAGAUCACGCAGUACCUGAUCCGGAUGCGCAAACUGGUCCUGAAGAGGCAGAGAAAGCUGGUUCCUCUCAGCAGGAAGGUGGAGAGCAGGGAGAAAAGGAAGGAGGAGAAAGCCCUGAUCGCCGCUCAGCUGGACAACGCCAUCGAGAAGGAGCUGCUGGAGCGGCUGAAACAGGGAACGUACGGAGACAUCUACAACUUCCCCGUCCACGCCUUCGACAAAGCCCUGGAGCAGCAGGACCACGAAAGCGAGUCUGAGUCAGAGGAGGAGGAGGCUGAGGAGGAAGUGGAGCAGCGGGAGUUUGUCGCAGAGGACGAGGUGGAGGAGAGUGACCUGAGCGACUUUGAGGACAUGAACAAGCUCAAGACGAGCAGCGACGAGGAGGAGCAGGAGUCCAGUGAGGGGGAGGAGCAGCAGGAGGAGUCCAGUGAUGAAGAAGAGGCGGGGGCCUCCACGUCCAAAUCUGCGGCGCGUGGGAGGAAGAGGCGGGCGUUCGUGGAGAUCGAGUACGAGCGGGAAGUGGAGCCCGUCUCAAAGAGCAGGGACUUCUAGCUGUCAAUCAAAGCCUGGCUGCUUUAGACUCCACCCCCUCUUUUGGGUUACCGUGGCAACAGAUCUCAGCAGCAUACAGGUUCCUGUCCUGGACGGAGCUGAGAGAACAUGAACAUUGGUUCCAAUCCCCACAUCAGACAUCAACGUUCCUCAGGUCUGAACCAUUCAGGGGGAGGAUCCGAACUCCCAUGUUCUCAUGUUAGAAAAUCUGUUGUCCAAAGUAAAUAAAGAUCUGAUCUGGAAA